AUGUCGCACACUCUCGAUGUGUUUGGCCAAGCACCUGGUCUUUACAAGCUGUAUACCCAGCUAUGCUCUAUUUAUUCCAUCGCGGACGCGUCGUCUCAUAAAGCUAUCAUCAAUACUUUGACAAACGGACUUGACCGCUUGGCGCACAACUUUCCAUGGCUUACCGGUCAGGUUGUCAACGAGGGAGUAGGGAAUGGUGAUACAGGUGUCUUCAAGAUAACUCCAGCCCGUCAGAUCCAACUCGUGGUGAAAGACCUACGAUCUGACCCCUCGGCACCGACGAUGAACAGUCUUCGCCAGGCCAAGUACCCGUUCACCAUGCUUGACGAAAAGGUCAUUGCUCCUCGUACGACACUCAAUCUACCGAGUAACUCCGAUACUGCGUCGGAGUCAGCAUUGGUCUUUUGUGUUCAGGCCAAUUUCAUCGAGGGCGGUCUGAUGCUCACCACCGUCACCCAGCAUAAUGUCAUGGACAUGACGGGCCACGAAUUCGUGAUGAAUUUGCUAUCCAAGGCAUGCAAUAACGAACCUUUUACCGCGCAGGAGCUCGCGCUUGGAAACAUGGACCGCAGUCGUGCUAUCCCGCUAUUAGACCCUUCGUACACCCCGGGCCCUGAGCUUGCCCACCAGAUUGUGAAACCCCCAAGCGUCGAUGAAACUGCCUCGGGUCCUACGAUAGCCAAAGCGACUUGGGCUUACAUUGAGUUUUCCGAGAUGCAACUAUCCGCCCUCAAAUCGUUAGCUACAAAGUCACUUCCGCUUUCCACCAACUUUGUCUCUACGGAUGACGCCGUCAGUGCUUUCGUUUGGCAGUGCAUUGCCCGGGCUCGGGCCUCGCGCCUUAAGGCAGAUGCUCCCGCCAUGCUUGCGCGUGCUGUUGACGUUCGACAGCUCCUUGGAAUGCCGAAAGAGUACCCAGGCCUUGUUCAGGCUAUGACGUACAACACCGAUCCGGUUCAAAAGGUAGCCGAUGAGCCUUUGGGUGUCAUCGCAGCCCAGCUUCGGUCCCAGCUUGACCCCAAAACCAAUGACUUGGCAUUUAAUACCCGUGCCCUUGCUACGUUCCUCCAUCGUUCAAAGGACAAGACCAAGGCCUCGGUGACUGCAUCGGUGGACGUUUCGUCGGACUUCAUGUUGAGCUCUUGGUCAAAAAUUAGCUGCUAUGAACAGGAUUUUGGACUCGGGUUAGGGAAGCCUGAAGCUGUUCGAAGGCCACAUUUCACUCCGUUUGAAGGACUGGGAUAUCUGAUGCCUCGAUCUCCGGCGGGUGAGCUGCCCGUCGCCAUUUGUCUGAGGGAUGAAGAUUGGGCCCGAGUCAAGGCUGAUGAGUAUUUUGUAAAAUAUGCCACUUAUAUUGGAUAG